AUGGGAGCAUACCAGCCACUGCAUCACCAGCACAGCCAGAAGCCGUCGUCGACUCACCAUGGCAGAGUCGCCUUGGCCUGGCUUUUCUCCGCCGUGCUCUGCCUGGCUCUCCUCCACCUCCUCUGCUGCUCCUCGCGCGCCGCACGCGAAAAUGUCGUCUUCUCGCCUCUGCUCCAGUACAUCACCAGCACCUACACUAAAGGAAGAGGGUCGACUUCCAGCUGCGACUACUCGGAGGGGCAGUGGGUGCGGGCGGCGGGGCACGCCCGGCGGUACAACGGCACCGAGUGCAACGUCAAGGACAGCGAGAACUGCGUCCGCAACGGGCGCCCCGACACCGACUACCUCGACUGGCGGUGGCAGCCGGCGGCGCCCGGGUGCCAGCUCCCGGGCUUCGACGCCGCGGCGUUCCUCGGCGCCGUCCGCGGCGAGCACGUGGCCUUCGUCGGCGAUUCCAUGGCGCGGAACCAGGCCGAGUCGCUGGUCUGCCUCCUGGGCGCGUCCUUCCCGUACCACCUGGUGUACCGCGACCCGCAGCCCGGGACGCGUAAGUUCUGGCGCUGGGCGUUCCCCACCCACAACGUCACGGUGUCCGUCUACUGGGCGCCCUUCCUGGCGCGGGCCACGGGCAGGUGCGACAACUACAGCCUGCCCUACAACUCGGUGCACCUCGACGCGCUCGCUGACCGCUGGUCCGCCGACGCCGGCACCAUGGACGUGGCCGUGGUCAGCGCCGGCCACUGGUUCUGGAAGCCGACCGUCUACUACAACGGCAGCGACGUGCUCGGCACGCACCUCCUCCCCGAGCUCAACCACACCGGGAUCGGCUUCCUCUCGCCGUACCGGGAGGCCAUCCGGGCGUCCAUACGGCGCCUCGCCUCGGCCGGCCGCGCGCGCGCCGUGGUCGUGGCCACCUUCUCGCCGGCGCACUUCGAGAAGGCGUGGGACGACCCCACCACGUGCGCCAGGAAGCUGCCGUACACGGAGGGGGAGAGGGAGGUGGACGCCACGCACGCCCAGCUUUGA